CGGCGACCCCCGUGAAAUUCUGUUGUGUCUGGCACCGAGACUGAAGCAUUUUAUAAACGUGAAAACCUUCAGAGUACCCGGCUAUUAAUUUUCCGGCAAUUUGCACGCGUAUGCUAGCUACGUUGAGAUAUUACCUGUCGAGUGAGUAGAAUGUCGUAUUUCCACCGAAGCGUCGAUUGCAAGGUGUACGUCGGUAACUUGGGGUCGGGCGCCAGUCGUCAUGAGCUAGAAGAUGCCUUCAUCAAGUACGGGGACCUGACCAAUGUUUGGGUGGCCAGGAACCCUCCUGGAUUUGCAUUUGUUGAGUUCAAGAAUCGCAGUGAUGCGCUGCGUGCCGUAGAUGGCUUGGACGACUGCUACCUCUGUGGGCGUCGGAUCACCGUCGAGAUGUCGACGGGGGAGAGCCGAAAUCGGGGCAGUGGCCGUUACCCGCCCCGUCGCUCCAUCAGCGACGAGAAGUGCUAUGAGUGCGGGCAGAGGGGCCACUUUGCCCGGGACUGUCGCUACAACCGUCGCCGUAACCGCAGGUCCCGCAGCAGGAGCCCCCAGUAUCGCCCCAUCUAGCGCACUUGUCAGCUAGUCAGCUAACCAAAGAGGGCUAGUCAGCUAACCAAAGACAGCUAGUCAGCUAACCAGUUCGUCAGCUGAACAGCUCGACGGCUCUAGGUUCAACCAACCCCCCCAACAGGGCCCUGGGCGGCUAGAUCAGCUUAGAAAAACAUAAUAAAAACCCAAACAAAACCACUAGCUCGCUCGUCGCAUCGCCACCACUCAGCACAUGACCACCAUGACACGAACUUCUCGCGGCCACCAUUAGCCCGUCAUGCGAUCGGCACGACCCGUCCACGCGACUCAACACUUGACCAACAUGCAGAGCAUGCUCCGUCCGUGUCGGAUCCUUGUGCCGUCGUGCCAUAGAUGGGCCAUAAAUGUCCCCAAAUUUCGUCAGCUUGUUUGGUUUAAAAGGACACGGGUGUGUGUAAAAAGUGUGUAAUCAUUGUUUCUCUUUUGACAAAAAAAAGUGUUCAUUUCUGGUAUCCAAGUUUUAAUGUAUUAGGUAUGAGUUUUAACUGUUUUGUGGUCAUGCUGGUGGGUGGUAUUCGGAAGAACGUGUCGCUCAUGGGUUUGAUACCAUGUGUUGACCUAGCUGUGCAUUCUUCCCAUAUUUUUGAAACUGAAAACUCUCAAAGUUAACCGAUGGAGACCCAUUGAGAAUUUCUUAGAGAUUUGCGUUUUUGUUUGUUUUCAUAUUCACAAAGUAAUCAUCCAUCUGGAUUUCCUCAUCAGUACCAUAUCCUUUGACCGCUUUCAUUUUGAACAGUCGCGUCUCCAGUUGGCUUUGCUUUGAAGCUUUGUUUUGAAAGAACCCCCAAAAGCUGAAGAAGCAAAUCUGAUUUGUUUCUGCUCAAAGUUUUUGCAGUUGGGUGAAACUUUUAACUGUUUAUUACGUCUGUAUUCUGUUAGACGCCACCCAGUAUUUGGACAUGUUUUAUUCGGUGGUUGGUUGUUACCCACUGCAGGUCUCGCUCCAGAUCGUAUUCCCCGCGCCGCCACCGAAGCCGAAGUUCCAGUCGUAACUACCGUAGCCGUUCUCGGAGCCGAAG